GAAUCAACAAAAAGAAACAUAAAAGUCUUCAAAUUUUCAAUAUUUUUCUCCUCUGAUUCCUCAAUUUCAUACCUUGAAAAAACCGAAAAAUCUUUCCUUUUUUUGUUUCCUCGCCGGAAAAAAAUCGUCUUGAGUUUCAAGAAAGCUUUUUUGUGUGGUUAAGUUCUGAACUUUUUAGUCUCGGAGAAGUAGUGGAGACUAUAUAAUUCAAGAUUUGGUUUUUGUGUUGAUCUUGGAGAUUCUUUUGGGGUGAUCUUGUGGAAAGAGAAAUGAUAGAUAUCCCUGGAACACCAGGGACUUUGACUGGUCUUGUCUUGAGAAUUUCUCAGUGUGUUUUUGCUGCUGGUUCGAUUUCUUAUAUGGUUACUUCUGGUGGAUUCUUCAGCUUCACUGCUUUCUGCUAUCUAAUUGCAGCAAUGGGUCUGCAAGUGAUAUGGAGUUUUGGUCUAGCAAUACUUGACACAUUCGCCUUAGUGAGAAAGAAAACGCUUCUUAGUCCGGUUUUAGUCAGUCUCUUUGUAGUUGGAGAUUGGGUAACAUCAACAUUGUCACUAGCAGGAGCCUCGUCGUCCGCGGGGAUAACAGUUUUAUACUUUGGAGACUUAGGAAGGUGCAGUUUCGAAGCACAGUGUUGGAGGUACCAACUCUCUGUAGCUUUAGCUUUCCUUUGUUGGAUCACAAUCGCCAUUUCUUCACUUACAACUCUCUGGUUACUUGCUUCUGCGUAAGUAAAAAAACAUCUGUACAAUGUUUCCAUACAUAUAUAUAGACAAGCCCUUUUGAGAUUUUGUUAAUAGAAUACGAUUUACACCAUUUUUUUGAAAAUUAACUCAUUGUACAAAGAUUUUUGGGAUGAUGUUAUAAUGUCUAUGUUAAGUAACAAGAUCUUUGAAAUUUGUGAACAA